AUUAUGUGAAAAGUUCAGGCAAUACAAAUAUAUUAACCCUUAAAAAAACCUGUGGAAUAAGAUCCUAGGAUCUCCUAGGAUAUUUGUCACUCCAUACUACAUCAUUUUUUGGCGCCGUUGCCGGAGAAUUUUUUAUAGUAAUCGAAAGAAGCUAACCUCUUGUGCUUGAUUUUCAUUUCAUAAAAAAAAGAAAAUAUUACGCUUUAGUUGGUUUUGUUUAGCAAGAUUCAUACUCGAGGUAGCCAACAAGACGUGAUACCAAAAGGAAGUAAGAAAGAUGAGCCAAAGAGGAUCGAAGGUCGAAGGAAGCAACACCAAUCCUCCUUCAUGUCAUUUUUCUCAACAAAAUAUCUAUGUCGAUUUGUAUGAUGAAGAAGUGGAUCCAAAAGACUAAAAGCUAAUGAGGGAAAAGUAUGGGAAUUACAUAAUUGUAUAAGAAUCGGAGCAAGCUUUUUCUUUCCUCCAAUCAAGACACCAGAUCAAGUCAUAACCUCUUCGGAGUAUCGAUACUAGUACCAAUCAUGAAGGAUCAAAACAACUGCUAGAAAAUGUUCAAAUCAUCGAGGAGGCUUCAGAAGCCAAUAAAGGAAGUUCCAAUGAAGUGUGUGAAGGUUUUGAAGAGAACAACGUGCAAGAAGGGCUUACAGAGCAUGAAGAUUUCGUGGACCAUGGAGAACAUGAAGAUCAUCCCAAUGCCAACACAUAUGAUGAGGAAGAAGAUGGAGAGAUCAAGGACCACGGAGAUGAGAAUCAACAUGAGGCCAACGAAUUUGAAAGAGAAGAAGAUGCAUUUAUAACUCAAUCUUUGGAUGAAGAAGAAGAAGAAGAAGAAGAAGGCUAGAGACUCCCUCAAGAAGAUGCAAAGGAUGAAAAAAAAAAAACUACUCACAACUCGAUGAAAGCAUCUUACAAGCAAUGGAGACCAUGAUCGAGCAUCUUCAACCUAUCCAAAAAGGAUGAUCAACCUAUCAAGAAGCCUUAAGAAGAAGAUUUUAUAUAAACCAAAGGUUUGAUGAUGAAGAUGAUGAUCUUACAAGUUCUGAAUAAGGAGAGGACGAGAUACAGGCUCUACGAACAACAUUGGAGGAAGAAGGAUGCUUUAUUGAAGAACUGACAUUAAUCCAAACUUUCUUGGAUUCAUGGGAAGAAGUUGAAGGCUUUACACUACUUGAAGGCUUUGAACACUUUCAAUAUGAAUCCAAUAAUACUCCACCUACCAAAGCAUCCACCAUUGGAAACAUCCAGGAGGAAGAGUUAGAGAAUGAUGACCCCCAUGCACCUCCUUUUCAAAGUUCAACAAAACCCUAGGAAUCGACCAUUGAAGAAAAUAUCAUAGAGGAGAAGUCAAACAAGGGUGAUCAAACCGAACUGGAAAAAGAAGGAAAGGAGCCACUAGAGGAACACCCAUCUUCACCAAAUGCUUCACAAACGAACAAGGAUGCUAUUAGGUUGUCUUGACAUAAUCUAACAACUUCUAGUUGAUUGCUUCAUCAUUGGACCACUCAUUCUUUGUGAAAACUCCUUAAACUUCUCUUGAUAGCUCAUUUGGUCCUCUAGAGUACUUCAAUGCUUGAUCCAAUCUUCCUUAGGUUGCUUUGUACCUUCAAAACCAUGAAAGUAUACCAAAAAUAGUACAAGAACAUCGCCUAGGUCUAUUAAAAGCUCAUUGAUCAAAUAAUUGUGAUUUAGACAAGACAUAUCAUUGAAAUUACUAAAGAUGUUUCAAUAGAAGGAGAUCAUGUAUCAAAGAAUGAGAGUGAUAAACACUAUAAAUUACAUUCUCAUAUUUAAUUUGCAUGAAAUGUUUGUUAUACUACACUAAAUUAUCCUGCAAAAAAGUUAGGCCUAUCUAAUAAAAUGAGCUCAUUUACUAACAUUUAAUAAUAUAUUAGUAUUCCCACAAAAAAAAAGUAUUAGUAUAAAGGUAGCAAAUGAAUUGGUUUCAUUGAUUAGUGGACGUAUUAAAUGAAUUCGUGAAUUCUUG